AUGGCAGGGACUGGUGAGCGCCAAGGGAAAGGCAAGAAGGAUGACAACGGCAUCGGCACCGCCAUUGAUUUUGUGCUGUCCAAUGCCCGGCUGGUGCUGGGGGUGGGCGGAGCGGCCAUGCUGGGGAUUGCUACCUUGGCCGUCAAACGGAUGUACGACCGGGCGAUCAGUGCCCCCAGCAGCCCCACUCGCCUGAGCCAUUCAGGGAAAAGAAGCUGGGAGGAGCCGAGCUGGAUGGGAUCGUCACGCUUACUGACGCAGGACAUGAAGACCAGCUUGAGCAGGUCCCUGCAGACUUUGCCCACUGAUCCCUCCGCCUUCGACGCAGAUGGGUUCUGCCCCCCCAGACCCAAACCAGCCACCAAGAAGAGCCAGGUAGACUUGAAGAAGUCACGGCUCCGCCUGUCCCUGCAGGAGAAGCUGGUUGCUUAUUAUCGGAACCGGGCAGCCAUCCCCCCGGGUGAGCAGGCCCGGGCCAAGCAGGCGGCUGUGGACAUAUGUGCCGAGCUCCGGAGCUUCCUCCGGGCCAAGCUGCCUGACAUGCCACUGCGAGACAUGUACCUGAGCGGCAGCCUUUAUGACGACUUGCAGGUGGUGACUGCUGACCACAUUCAGCUCAUUGUGCCUCUGGUCCUGGAGCAGAACCUGUGGUCCUGCAUUCCUGGGGAGGACACCAUCAUGAACGUCCCGGGCUUCUUCCUGGUGCGGCGAGAGAACCCGGAGUACUUUCCCCGGGGCAGCAGUUACUGGGACCGCUGUGUGGUUGGCGGUUACCUCUCCCCCAGGGCUGUGGCAGAGACAUUUGAGAAGGUCGUGGCCGGCUCCAUUAACUGGCCAGCCAUUGGGUCCCUCUUAGACUGUGUGAUCCGCCCAGCUCCACCCCCUGAGGCCUUGACGCUGGAAGUGCAGUAUGAGCAAAACCGGCGCCUCGUCAUUGACUUUCUGCCGUCGGUGACGCUCGGGGACACAGUCCUUGUGGCCAGGCCCCACCGGCUGGCCCAGUAUGAUAACCUGUGGAGACUGAGCCUGCGGCCUGCAGAGACCGCCCGCCUGCGGGCGUUGGACCAGGGUGAUGGAGGCUGCCGAGCGCUCUGCCUCAAGAUCCUCAAGGCUAUAUGCAAGUCCAGCCCGGCCUUGGGCCACCUCACUGCCAGUCAGCUCACCAAUGUCAUUCUCCACUUGGCCCAAGAGGAAACUGACUGGUCUCAGGACGUGCUUGCCAACCGCUUUCUGCAGGCGCUCAGGGCCCUGAUUGGCCACUUGGAGGCCGGAGUCCUGCCUAGUGCCCUGAACCCCAAGGUGAACCUAUUUUCAGAGCUUACCCCUGGAGAAAUAGAUGAAUUGGGGUACACCCUUUAUUGCUCAUUGUCUGAGCCGGAAGUCCUACUGCAGACGUAACGGAGGGGAAAGCCAUGAUGGGGAUUAGGUGGUUAGGCCUCGGAGCUGGUCAGAAGCACCCUCCAGGCUCCACUUGCCCGGGCGGCCCCUCACUUGGGUUCUUUGGUGCCUCCAGUCCUGCUGGUCAUCGGGUCGCUACCGGUCAACUAGAAUGGCCUUUUCCUGCCCUGCCUUCCUUUUUCUUUUUUUUUUUCCCUCAUCAAGCACUGUGCCCCCCAAUUUUUUUUCACUGUCCCUCCAUUGAGGCCAACUUCCAUUAAGUGCAUCCGGAAGGGUGGGGAGCAAGGGGAGGGGGACCAAGCUGUAAGUUACUUGGUGACUUGUGUCCAGUUCACCUCUUCAGCUGCCCAACCUGGCCCUCCGUUGAAGCCCUUUGUGUGUGUCUGUCACUCUUGUCUCUUCCUCCAUCUGGUUCCUUUCCCUGGAGCAUGUCUGCUUAAUCAAGAUACUGUCUCCUAAGUGAAUGUUGCUGUGUAGCAAUGAGUGAAUAUUUAUGAAAUGCAUUCUGCGUGGCUAGUGAGUGCUGGGGCUGGAAGAGCUGAGGCGCAAGAAGUAGGCAGGCUCCCCUCCUAUGACCUCGCUCAUCCGGCCAGGGAAAGAUAAGAUCAGUCAGAAAGGCCCAGAGCACCUUGGAGGGGAAUGUUUGUUCCCUCUGGGAAGGGAUGGCUCUGGAAAUUCCAACUUCCCCAUUUGUGGUUUUCUCUGAGAGGGUGGAGCAAGUGCCUGGGAGGAGCCUCGAAGUUCCCUACAAGCCCUUCCCCUUAGUGCUCUGGAGGCCUGUGGGAGUGAUGUCCUCCAUUGCUGUCCAAGGGCAGCGUCAUCACUUCUUUGAUGACCUUGACCAAGAGGGAUCAGAAGAGGCGGGAAAGGAGGGGCAUAGGCAGCUCCUGCCUCACAUCACUGGGCUUGCUGCAUCUUCCUGGCCCUGCUGUCUGUAGCAAUCUAGCUGUGGCCAACAGCAUCGUGGGUGGCUGGUGGGAGGCCAGACUGCUUGCUGAUGGUGCCUUUGCGGGGGCACCCAAAGGACCCCUCCUGGCUUCGUGUCUGUGCUGCAUCCCUUCCUUAGCAUCUCGUCUCCGCAGGGGCCAGGCCUGCCUCUUUGAAGCCUCGAGUCUGCCCUUGGCGAAGGGGAGAGGAGCAUUCAGGGAAUGCCCUAACACCCUUUGUGCCAGAGGCUGCCAGAACACGCAUAUGCCUUCCCUUUGUCACAUCUACCUGUCAGCAUUUGGAAAGAAGGGCCUUGGAGGGCCAAAUGAUGGGGGGGAGGGGAGAGGGGAAGAGACUUUCUCCUUCCUUUCCCUUGUUGCCCGCUGCUACAAAUGCACUAUUUAUUGCAAUGUAAAGUUAUUCUGGGGGCGGGGAGGGGGGAGUUUAAUACAUAUUGUCAUUGUGUCUUACUGUUUUGUGUUUCUUUUUCUGUUUGUGGUAAGGGGUUGUUGCUGGCCCUACCUCUGGACUUCUUACCCAGUAUUUUGUAUUCCCACUGCCAAAUCUGAGUAUUUUGCUUCUGCUUUCUCUACCUCCCCACUCAAUGAGAUUUCUUGUACAACUUGGUAGCUGUCUUUUCCUUGUACUUUAAUGGCAAAAUGGUCCACAUGGGACCAAGUCCUCAUUUAGGUUUGGGGCCCCUGUGUAUUGUCAUGGUCUGGGAAGCAAAGUUCUGGGGGCCUCUUCUGGGAAUCCCCCUCUGGCCCUCUAUUUCCUAUCGAGAAGGAUGGGUGCUUUUACUUUUUGGAGAGAGGGUAGGAGAGAUUGUGUGUCUGUAUGGGAUUCCGAUUGCUCCUGAGGGGUGGGGAGGAUGAGAACAGACCUCCGGGGGGGGGGCACUGGGGAGAUCCUCCCAAUAAGGUAUUUUAAAAGUCUGCAGUUUCGCUCUAGCCUGCUACACCAGACCAGCUGUACAUUAUUAGCACCUCAACAUGAAUUCUAUACGAAGCUUAUCAAACCAGACCAACAAACCAGUAAGACUGGGUCCCAGGGUCUCUGAUGAAGUAAACACAUUUCUCAGAGGGGAAAAGUACGUGAAUAGGAACCUCUUCAUUGAAUUGGGAAGAAGUAUUCCAGUAUGUCUCCCGAUUCAGAAAAGCUGAUCUUGCCAUAUGAUGAGGAGAUAGGGUACAAGUCCACAGGAUCAAAAAGAGAAAUGGCUCUGGGUGAUGUUCUGUGGGACGGGGGGCUCUUGGCUCGCCGAAUUCCAGCGUUGGGUGGGAAGGCGAGGUGCGAGUGAGCCCCCACAUCAAUUCUGUGUCCAGUAACAGCUGAUCCUAGGGAAGUUCUUUGCUGACAGUUACUCUUAAACAAGUUUAUUUGGCCUGCCUUCGAAUCUCAGAAACCAAGUCAGUCAGUGAGGUUUGGGGUUCUUCCUUGUCCCUAACCCCAGAUGUCAAUUUAGGGUAACAAUGGGUAUUUUCCCCCAAGCCUUCUGUUUGCUUGAGGCAUUUUUAUCAUUGAGGAAAGAAGUAACUGGUGUUUUUAAAAGUUCGUGCUCCUGGUAGAAGGGACAGCCCCCAUGCCCAGCAGUCCUCUGGCCUGGUUCCUUUGCUCCCUUGGAUGCUGCUGCUGCUGCUUCAUUGGAGAGAGCCAAGGUGGAGGGGAUCCUGGCAAGGGAGCCGGUAGCUCCUCAGGGUCCAGCAGGCAUUAGGGAGGGUGGAGACUCCUUCCCUUGAGGCAGUGGCCCUGGCCCUGAAACUGGCCUGGUAGAGAGACUCUGCCCUUCCUGGCGUAGGAGCCAAGGCAGGGAGCCCGAGGUGCCCGGCCAGGCUUGCCCGGCUUGUAGCAGAGGCCCGUCCCUGCUCUGCUGUGGGGAUGCAGACCUCGAAGGGCCUAGUGAAGACAACUGAGCAAAGCACCAGGAGAGCAGGCCCAGGGUGGUGUGGUUGUCUCCUGUUCCCUGUCUCUGGAAUCUGGUUUGCCCUGUGACCUGCAGGGUUUCUGACUGAGCUCACAAACUGCCCUUUGCUCUAUGGAGUGGAGUAUCUGCAGUGUCCUUGGUCUACAAACAUGUCGGGGCUGGUUGACAGGUGACCUGGGCAGGUUAUGGGGAGGGGGCGGAGAAGGUGUCUGGGUAAGUGUUCUGUUCGGUCCUGUCGGGCAGUCUGCCUAGUGCAAGUCCUGGAACCUGCAUCUUGUCUUUUCUCCUCCCCUAAAGUGUCGAGGCUGAGGGAGUUGAUGAUCUAUGAAAUGAAAGAGUGGAACAUAAAAUAAAAACAAAUCCUUCAGCUUUU